CUAACGGACUAUUCUGCCUCAUUGAUUCAUGUGUACAAUCAAGCCCCUUCGGCUGCUUUUAUGGACCCAGUUGUUUAUAGCAAACUACAAGCGUAUCAGUACCGAUUACUUCCGGUACUAUACCCGGAGACUCGACGAUUAGCCUCUAUGGUGACUCUUGGUCCGCGCAUCUUGUCGGCGCACUUAGCUGCCUCGCGUCAUCAAAACAGAUGCGUGGGAAAAACUAUUCCGGUUGCAACAUCUGCUGACACUCAUCCUCGCGGGGAAGUUCGCGGGACAAUGCAGACAAUAACAGAGGUGACUGAGCUUAACGAAACUAACCGAAGUGCAAUUCGCAACUCUCUAAGUUCUACAGCGAUAGCUGAUGGGGGUGGUAAUGGUGUCCUAGCAUCAGCGAUACCACCAGUAUACUCCGGCUCUUCGAUCUCUUCCGUGGAACCAGCCGCCUCGGAUCGGUUACUUACGGUGGUUCGCGACGAGGAACACCUAGGGGAAGACAGUGUAUCCAAAGUUCAGUCAGACAUAACUCCCGAGGUCCAAGAUAAACAGCUCAAAUCAACGGACGUGGAUGAAAAUGAUUCCCAGUGCGAACAAAAAAACAAGAUUGCUGACGUGGGUGAGUUCAAGUAG